GGAAUAUACGCACCAAAAUAUGCUGUCAACGAUACAUGAAUGAAACCACAGUUAAAACGGAGGAUAAAAUUAAACAUAGUCCUCAAAAGAAUAGUCGGUCAACGAAUCAAAAAUAAGAUGGCAUAACGGAACGAUUUAAUAAUCACUUCGCAGGUAAAGUAUAUCAUUUUAUAUCGUGAAUUCUGCAGCGUGAUUGCACAUACUUUACAGUAAACAUAACCCAGUCAUGACUGAUCGAGUGAUUAUGAUAACUGUAAAAUUGUUUUUAAGACACAUGAAGAAAUUUGCCGGCUAAAUUUUAGUAAAUGCAAUGUGAAACAUACUCUGAAUAAUAGCGUCUGGUGCUCCGGGUCAAAUUUAUAAUUCGCGUGUAAAACCAGACUAUUCUGUUUCUAUAUGACGUACACUUGAUAAUGUUACGCGUUGCACUGUUUACAUUAGCAGUAUAUAGGCGACUGUAAUUGUCCAUUUCUAACACAGUAAUAAAUAGAUCAACAAAAGCGGAAUUGCACAAACCACCAGGUCUAACCGAGAGUCCAACCGAUAAUGUCUCGCUAAAUAUUCUGCGUUUCACAGUCGCGCCGCCGGGCAAAUCUGGCGGGCAUUUCAGACUUGCGCGCGUAUGAUGAUAAUAAAUAUAAUGAUAAUAAAUAUUCCAAUUUGGUAGACCUGACCUUGUAUUAGUGUGCGCUUACGUUUUAAGACGUAAUACAGACAGUGUUGCGAUAAAAAUUUGUUUGAUAAAGGGAACAUGCUGGGGUCCAGCUAUUUUGUUUUGGUGCUGACGCAUGUUGAUAUACAUGGAGAACAAUGAAUAAGGUUAGAGGUGAUGUGAGGUCAAACACGUACGGGAGGCUAGUUCGCGCUUGCCUUUAAUAACAUCCUCAUAUGUAAUUCUAAGUUGUUUUGCAUGGCGAUUAUACUGUACAAUGUAAAACUUCGGUUUGUGGAAGGAAAGAUGAAAAAUACGAGAAUUCUAAUAAAUUCUCGUCGAAGAUAGUUUACUAUUGUUUCGUGGCUUUUAUGGUGCUGAUUUUUCUCUGAUAAUCAUUGAAUUUGGACAGUAUCGUUUCGUUUAAAGAGGCAAGUCUACUACAACCAUUUCGUUUCAGGUUUUAAAAUAUCGCGGCCUUUUUAUACAAGCUCCCACCGCACUGGAGGCUUGGGCUCCAGAAGACAACUAUAAUUGCAUGUUGAAUUGUUGAUACGUCGUAACUGAAAUAAUAGACAUAUUUUAUAGAUCGAGGACGCGGACGUCAAAGACGACGUGAAAAUGGCGUGAGAAUGGCGUGUCAUAUACGUACAUGGGCACAACACACCAUUUUCGCUACCUCCACCGCAGGCGCUUAGGGAGCAUUUCGGGCAGGUUCGGAAAAUGCGGGUUACAGCAAAUUUGCACCGCCCGCAAAUGUGCCCGGAAAAGGGAUUGCGUAGGAGGUAGCCAUUUUCGCGUCGUCUUUGACGUCCGCGAUCUAAAUCUGUCUAAUGUGACAGCUAUGUGGAAUUAGCUGUGGUUGUUGGCCAAUCAAGAACGAUAAUAACGUUGCAAUAUAUGAUUAUUUUUGUUUUCUAGAUGGCCAAUGAGUACCACUGAACUUAUUUUAUCACUGGAAUGCAGUCUCUUAGUAUUAUUUAUUCUCCUAAUGGUUGGCGGCCUUAUCUUGUACAAAUGGAGAAAUAUUGCCCGUAACACAAAUAAAUCGAGGAAUAGAGACUAUAUUGUCCUACCUCAUACCAACGCAGAACCUGUUCCACUUGAAAGAGAUGUCAAACAGGUAUGAAUUUUCCUAAAAAAGUUAGAACUAUAUAAUAUAUAAACAAAAGCAAUACCAGCUGACAACUACAAAAAUAUAAAAUAAAUUCGCAUUUUUAUUUAGGUAAACGAUCAUAAUCUAGAAAAUAGUGAUAGUACAGAUCAUCCACUCCUGGACGACAGAACGGAAGCUGGACGGCUUUAUUUUUCUCUCAAAUAUGAUGAGAAAAAGUGAGUGAGAUUAAAGUACUUAUAUGAUUUCACAACAUUUUUCAUGAUUGCAUUGUAAUAUUUCAUAAUACAGAUUCUGCAUUUUGUCAACCUGCUGAGCUACAGUCAGUGAUACGUGUACAAGUUGGUUUUUGCCUGCGAAUAGGUGUUCAAAAAAAUCUCAUCAAUUCCUCAUCCGAUUCCCUGGGUGAGAUGCCUGCGGAGGCAACAAAUCAACAUUGUUAGGGGAGAUGCGAAUAGAAGAAAAUCAAUAUUAAUAUGCUCCUGUUUUCUCGUUUCACUUAGGAUUUCUUCUCUUGCAUGGCAUCGUUACAAUUAAUUAUGUCAAUGAUUGUAGCUAUGUGCGGUAUAUAGGUAUUUAAUAAAGUGCAAUAUGCAAAUGACCAUCAAUCAAACAUUAUGAUGUACUACAUCAUUGCACAAUGACUUGCUGAAUAAUUUUUUAUCACACUUUUUAAAGAAAGCGAUUAAAUCAAGACACUCUAUUGAGCAUAUAGUCGCUGGGAUUAUUAAAAUACUUCCCUAUUCUGUGAUAUAACCUGCACAGCUGUGCCUGUAUUUUUUUAAAACUCAUCCCUUACCCUAUGCUAACGGCCUAACCCCGUGCACAACCUACCAUAAUUCCUAACCAUUGGCGGCUAUGGAACCUCUUACCCUUGAUCUUGGCAUGAACUCAGUUAUACCUAACGAAGAACAUUUAUAAACUGUUGUUAAAAAGAUAGUUUUUAAUGGUUUUUAAGCAUUUUAACGAUUUCCAAAUUUGUCAAAAUUUAAAUCAUUUUGGUGCUAGUAUGUAAUGUUGACCUUUACGUGGACACAUACAUGGUUUUGUGAUAUUGAUUUGCAUUAUACAAUACAGUGAUGGUCAUUUCAAUCAUUGUUAAAGAUAGCAAUAUAAAUUAAGGUUUCUCCAUUUGGAAGAGAGAUUCACUAUAUAAUUAUUUCAAAACCUUAUUACAGAUUCCCUUUAUCAUUUUUCUAUAAAAGAUAUUUCUGUUUAAUAUUUCAAACAAAUUGAUUAUGCAUUCCGCCAUGCAUCUUCGAUUAGUUCGAUAUGCAUACUGUAUCCAUUGUCAGACAACCAGGAAGCUGAUGUGGAGCUAGCUGUGGAAGUUUACCACUGAUAUUUUUUUAGCUAUAAAACCUCUACCGGUUGUGACGUCAGUCGAUUCGAUCUUUAUAAAACAAGAUGGCGGACGGCAGAAUGUUUUGGUUCGAAAUAUCUAAAAAAUUAUGCUUGUAAAAAGGAUUUGUAAAUAAUCUCAACAUCUUUCAAAUUAAGCAAACAUAAAUUUUGUUGCUUUUAAUGUGCCUGGCAUACGGCUUAUGAGUAAUACCCAAGAACGCUGACUUUCAUUGUAUUAUUUGCAGCUCUAUCAUUACCAUAAAACUCAUCAAAGGGGAAAAUCUACCACUGGUUACCAAAGACGAGACAAAAGCCUUCGUCAGUGUUCAGAUUAUUUCCCACAGGACGGGUCAUAAAACGGGAAACAAAGAAAGCACUAUUAGCACAAACUAUCAAAGAACUUAUAAAUUUCCUCUAUCUCCGAGUCAAUUUGCUUCAUAUACAAUACGUUUUGAGAUCAGUCGGUUUGAUCGCUUCUCGAGAAAGUAUGAUGUAGGUUAUGUGACAGUCCCUCUGGCAGAACUGGGAGUGGAUAUAUGUCGUGAGACUUUCUUUAAAAGGAAUAUUUCCCCGUGGAAGAACACUCAGGUAUGGUAUGGACAACAUUAGAGAUAAAUUGAAAGUAAAGUAGCUAAUGGCACACACACAGGUCUUUAAUGUUGCACUGCUCAUUUCUUGUGUGUUUAUAUAAUGGAACAGUGAAGAAUGGGGCAUAAAGUUGUCGUGCUGAGUGGUUAUAUUACUACCUUAAAAAAUAAGCAGAAACUCGACGUUUCGAGCGAAGGCCCUUCGUCAAGAGUUGGCUACUUACUCUUGACGAAGGGCCUUCGCUCGAAACGUCGAGUUUCUGCUUAUUUUUUAAGGUAGUAAUAUAACCACUCAGCACAGCAUUUUCACAUUGGUACUACCUAUACUGGUACAGACAGUUUAACCAUAAAUUUGUCGCGUGUUAACAGUGUGCCAUAUCAGCGAGUUGUCUUUUUAAGUAAAUGCAUUGUCAUGACGUCUUGCGUGGACAAAAUAGGUGGCCAUAAUAAAGAGGUGACUGUAUUCACCAGAUAUAGCCGUAAGGUGCGGUUUCAUCAAGAGCGGCAAACAUUCAAUAUGUACUUCUAUACGGGCUCUAACGUUCACUCAUCGACCACGCUGCGCACGAAAGGUUAUAGGGGACCCACUGAUAUUAAUUAUUCACCGUUAUCUUGAUAGGUCGAUACUAGUAAACCGAGGCACUUUACUACAGGUCGGCCUGAAGAUGGUCAAGUAUUACGACGGGUAAGGAAGGAUUCAAAGGUAAUCCAAUUGCUGUCUUUUGAUAUGAUGAGCUGUGGCUUAAAGUAUAAAAGUAUUAAAAUGUCAUUUAAAUAUUUUUCUAACUUCUAAUUUUGUAGCCUGUGUACAGCCGUUACUCUCGACGAAGCGCGCGAGAGAACGUCUGUGAGUUGGAUGCAUAAUCCUUGUUCAGGUCACGUGGAUAGUUCCCAGAUUUGGGGACCGGCCUCUGAAGAUUUGGGGACCGGCCUCUGAUUGGACAGUGCUUAUUUGAAUAAUUUAUGACAAAUGAAGCUAUUUCAUUGGUUAAUUGAUAAUUAGCAUGCGUUUAAAAUAACAACACAAAAAUUCUAAAAUUCCAGAUCAAGAAUCAAGCUUGAGAAUCAAGAUUUCCUUCGGGGCAUACAAAGGUUUAAAAGACUUGAAAUAUAAUAUGUUGAGUUUAAUUUUGUGCUGUAUCGAAGUUUAAGAAAAUCAAGAUAAAAUUCUAGUGUUUGGACACUCAGCGCACAAUGCUGACAAAUAUAUAAAAUACAACAAACUAUCGGACGGAAAUUGACAAUUUAAUAAAUUGAAAAUCUGUUUAUAUGUCCCGACCCCUCGCGAUAAAGCAUUUUCUUUACAUGUAGUGUGUUUAACUUCGUCUUACUUGGCCAGUAAACUUUCAAUUACUUUAAAAUGCACCUUUUGAAUAACUAGUUGUGUUUAUAUUUAAUACUUUGUCUUUGUAAACAAAUAUACGCCAUAUAUAUGUACGCCAAGAUGAGCUUGUACACCGGACUUGCCGGCAAUGAUCAUCGUUCAGCAUUGUUCGCAAUCAAAACAAAUCUCUUCAUCGAGAAAUAUAUGCAAUAUAUUUCAGGUGUAUCGUUUUUCAGAUUGUAUUUCAAGUCUUUCAAACUUUUGUAUGCCCCGAAGGAAAUCUCGAUUCUUGUCUUCUUGAUCUGGAAUUUUAAAAUUUUUGUGUUAUUUUAAAUGCAUGCUAAUUAUCAAUUAACCAAUGAAAUAGCUUCAUUUGUCAUAAAUUAUUCAAAUAAAGCACUGUCCAAUCAGAGGCCGGUCCCCAAAUCUGGGAACUAUCCACGUGACCUGAACAAGGAUUAUGCAUCCAACUCACAGACGUUCUCUCGCGCGCUUCGUCGAGAGUAACGGCUGUACACAGGCUACUAAUUUUGGAGUUUUCUGGAAAUAUACUAGCCCCAUCUCUUCCCCGUAACACCACUGAGACCUAGAAAGGAAUUCGUGGAACAUAAACCGGUUUGAAUGCAUUCUAAUAAGAAAUGUUCACGUGUACGUCAUAAAAUAUUAGACAACCUUCGUAAACAUUUCUGACUAACAUGCGUUGAAUUUUCAUUGCAAGAACUUUGCAUCAAUUCUGUUGCUCGUAUACACCCUUUUCAUAAAUGGCUGCCGAUUAAAAAUUCUUUUAUGUGCAUAUAAAUUGGCCCAACUAGCCUCGUUUCUGAGUAGAAAUUCCUUUGAAAUCUUAACAUGAGUACGAGGCUAGUUGGGCUAAUUUAUAUGCACAUAAAAGAAUUUUUAAUCGGCAGCCAUUUAUGAAAAGGGUGUAUACUGCUACACCUUCGCUGGGUUCAAGAAUAUAUUGACAUCUGAUGUCAACCACCUUGAUACGAUCACAAAGCAAAAUCUACCACUGUCCAGUAAACCAGACCCUAAUCUUUCUGCCAUUAGGCCAAACAAAGACAUCCGCAGGUACUUUGGCAUAGGUUGAGUCAUGCUGUACAUACUGGGCUAUAUCAAGGACUAAUACGAGGUCGACAUGAAUCAUUGCAAUGGGAUCCCUUUCUAAUCAUACAGAAAUACGAGUAUCCUGACAGUGAUGAAUACUCAUCUCCAGGCAAACCGGAAUCGUCAAAGUAGGUAGUAUCAUUAAAGUGCUACUAAUCUCAAAUUUUUAUAAUUUUUGUUAUAGAAGUAGAGUACUAAUGGUAAGAUACCUGUAAGAAUUUGAAGAUUUCUCUUUCUUCACUUCAGAUGUUUGAUAUACGGAAACAUGCAAAUUUCACAUACUGUAGUAGCAAUCGAUAUGAUUAUUAUAAAUUUUUCAUUGAUAAACUUAAGUAAAUUGUUUAUGGCCCUUUUUAAAAUAGUUGUCUGAAUGGCAGGCCUAUAAUAUUGUUAACAAAACUGUCACUUAAGUGAAACGUUUGUGAAUCCUGUUCACUUUCAAAUGUACUUCUUUAAAAUCGAGAGGUUUAUUUGAUUGACAUAAUAUUUAACAAUUACUAAUAUUCUCUGAUAAGUCAUUAUGCUUGUGUGAGGUACAUACGCUUAUCAAACGAAAACAAAUACCUCAAAGAGAAGGUGAAGAAACGGAAAUCUUUAAACGAGUUCCUCUAUCACUUUGAAAGUUCUUUCAUAUAAGACAAAGAGUGGUGGUGGAACUUUAACGUUUAUUCAUACAAACUCUCAAAGUUCAGAGAGAAACAAAUUAUUUAUCUGCAGUUAUCUCCAGUGGCAUUUAAAUUCCAAUCUUCUAGACCGCCCGCUCCGCCAAUUGAGCCAACGGGGAGUGGAAUGUGAUUUUCCAAUUAAUGAACACGAACUAUUUUCGUGACCACAUCAAUAAUAUCAUCACGUUUCGCGCACGAAUACAUUUCUCUUGGAUCUUGACCCCCAAUCACAAUCCUAACGUUAUCCCUGAUAUAAUGAGUGUGUUUUUUUUUGUGUUUGCGUUUGCGUUUGUGUCAAGAACCUCCAACAUAUAAAAAUAUUAUCAAAUUUCAAUACUUUCAAAUUAUAAUUUCUUUUUAUAGCAAUAACAGAAAACGACAUCUUGAAUUUGGGGAAGACGAAACGCUAGAAUUAUUUCCUAAAGUGUUUAACACUACAAUGGAAAAUCUUCCUGUAAGUCACUCCAGUCCACAACCGUCGGAUUCAAGUUCUGAAAGAGAAUCACUUCAAACACCAGUGAAUCAAGAGUUCUAUCGUUUAGUUCAUUCUCCGGUACUCAGCCAAUCAGAUUCCGCGGAACCUGUGACGUCAUGGUCUAUACCAGAAACGUUUCAUUUCCCUCCAUCACCAGUUCGACUUCAAUCGAGCACGGUCGUGUUUCAAAGUACGCCUGCUGCGUGUCGGCCGCGGAAUGAUAGACUGCACAAAUUAACUUCAUUAUCAUCAAGUUACCGGAAGAGGAUAUUAAGGAAAUCUCGGAAGACGUCCAGACGAAGUAAAUUAACAAGAAUGGAACCACUUCAUAGGUUACCACUGUAUUUGGGCACGAGGACAGAAAGAUCGUAUAAAAGGUUGCGAGGAGAGAAAAUCAAUGAUUCAGAAAAAUAAUUGUAUUAUACAUAUAGACUUGUUAAUAUAGGGUUGAACUUCAUUUAGUCAAAAUUAUCUAUCAGAUCAAUAAUAAUUAGAUCAAUUGAUUAGUCGCAUUUUUGUGUAUAUACGUGCUUGCAUAUUUUUGAUGUCAUCCAUGUUCAUAUAGGGUACAAUGUGCGUUUGUUGUAUCAAAAGAAUAGUCGCUCAUGACUGGUAAUUUUUUUCGAAAGGCCACAACCAAACAUUUGAUCUUUGACAGUAUUCAUGAAUUGCACAAAACAUGUCCAUCAAAUAAUUUUUGUCGUUGUGCUGUCAAGGCCAUUAGAUUUGGAGAGGGCAUUUUUUUCUUUCGCCAUGUCUUAAGUGCUUGCAGGAUGUUUUUGCGAUUCUAGGCCUAUAUCUUAAUGACACAUACACGUGUUAGGAAUAUACUAUACAAAACAUGCA